AUGGCGUUGAGAUAUGAGAUUUUUGAAGCUCUUUGGGAUAAAGAUGUGUCUACUGAUAUACAGAACAUUAGAAUCAUGUUUUGCUUGGUAUUCAAUAAACCUGUUGCACCCACCUUAGAGCUCCUAAAGAAACUUAGGACCUAUUCUGGGAGCUUUGGUGUCUGUGAUGUUGACAACGAGGAGUCCCUUGAUGAAAAGUAUAAGAAGCUUCGCUGUUGUAACAACCCCUAUCCAUACGUGGUGAAGAAUGAAGAUUCAGGUAGCCCUAGCUGGAGUGCUUCACUCUUUAUGCAGACAAUAGAAGAUGUUGCAAGAGCUGUUGCUGCUGCAGCUGCUGCUGCCACUACUGUUCGUUCACCCCGACCAUAUGUGGUAUUCUCAUCAAAAGAUGACAACGGCAAUAGUCCACUACAUAAACUUCAACACCAAGUUUCUAGAGUACUAAAAGGCUUUUCACAGCCUCCUGAAGUGAAAAGUGGAACUUAUAACCCAGAAGUACUAACUAGCCAAAAGCGUCAAUGGGCAAGCGUCCAAUUGCAGUCCCUGGAUCAUAGGCCUUUAAAAGAGCCAUCAAGGCUUUUUGAGAGCAUGGUGGUUGUUGGACUUCAUCCUAAUUGUGAUAUUCAGGCACUUCAGAAGCAGUACUUCGGGAGAAAGUCUGAAGGUUCAGGUAAAUUUCGAAGUGCAUUAAGUGGUCAGCAUCAGUCUCGUGUAGAGCCUAACCUUGAACCCCAGGUGCUAAUUCUUUUAUGCUAA